GUUACAAAGGGAAAGAGCAGGGAAUCGUGUUCGUGAACUUCGCUGUUGUCUUUAUAUGUACUUUUAGGUUUUUGUACUUUAAGUGGCUAAUUAAAAUGACCGACCAGUCGUCACUUCUCCUUAGAAAACAAUUAGCAGAACUUAAUAAGAACCCUGCUGAGGGCUUUUCGGCUGGUCUGAUCGACGACGAUGAUAUCUAUCAGUGGGAGGUUGUGAUUAUCGGUCCAGCAGAUACGUUGUUCGAGGGUGGAUUUUUUAAAGUGAACCUCACCUUUCCUCAUGACUAUCCACUUCGUCCUCCGAAGAUGAAAUUUGUUACAGAGAUCUGGCAUCCUAAUGUGGCAAAGAAUGGAGACGUCUGCAUCUCGAUCUUGCACGAACCAGGUGAGGACAAGUUCGGCUACGAGAAACCUGAAGAGCGCUGGCUGCCGAUCCACACCGUCGAGACGAUCAUGAUCAGCGUCAUAUCCAUGCUAGCUGACCCUAACAGCGACUCGCCGGCCAACGUGGAUGCUGCCAAAGAAUGGCGAGAGGAUCCAACUGGUGAGUUCAAAAGGAAAGUAGACCGAUGUGUAAGAAAAAGCCAGGAGAUGGCCUUCGACUAGAUCUUCCCUUUACUGCCACACUCACUUAAAUGACAGGAGAGCUUUAAAUUCAAGAGGUCAGAUAUCCAUCACACUGUGCCACAAAGAAAUGAAACUUUCUAAAAGCUGGAUCUUCUCUAAACUUGUAGUCGGAAGUAUUGUGUGUAUGUGUUUUGUAUGAGAGAAAAGAAGCUUAUUUAUUGUCUGCAUAAUGCUGAAGUUGAAUGCAUUACAUGACCUUUUUCGCUUUUCUUCCUCCCUGCCUCUGAGCCAUCUACUAUGUGCAAAGUCACUUAUGCAAAUUUCCCAGUUUCACACUCUCUGUAGCUGAAGAGAGCUGCAGCUCAUAGCGCAAAUAUCUCACUAAGGAGUCGCUGUGCUCCCUGCUGCCUUAAUUUAUCUCCUCUUGUACAAGACAGAAUUGUAUUCAGUGAUGUCAGAAUCUUCCUGUGUAUUUUAAAAAGCCAGAAAGAAGCCUCAUAUAAUAGAAAAUAUUUAAAUAUUUUUGUCUACUGUAAAUAUCUUGUAUUAUAGCCAUAUCAGUCUCACCAUCAAUUUGAGUUUCUCCUACAUAGUUUUUAUUAGUUUGUGGCUAUAAUUAAAGCUGCCAGCCACUGACGUACCACUUGUUCAGUAUUUGUUUUUAAAUCUUUAGUCCUUUACUCUUAAUUUGCCUCAUUUCUCAUUAAAAGCAUUGUCUUAAAUCUA